UCGGUGGAACGCAAGGCUGCAUUAAAGAUGGCUUAUUAUCAACCAACGUUUUGUUUAUUUAGGAAUAACAUUGUGAAAGAAUAAUUGAUAUCUUGCACGAAGAGAAGGCAGAGAGCUGGUGGUAGUUGUCGCGAGCAGUGUUAGCACUCUCGUCGCACUACGCACCACUUGCUCUCUCCUUGCGCUAACUUGCCUCCACUGUGCUAGCUAGUUAGCUCACAUAGUAAAUAUUAGCUAGCCAAGCUAGCUUGCUUACUGUUGAUUGCUAAAAUGGCCACCAUGGAGAAACUGAUGAAGGCCUUUGAGUCUCUGAAGUCAUUCCAGCAGCAACAGGGACCACCAACCGCAGAAGAGCUUGUCCAGAGGCAGAAAAAGGAACAGGCUACCACAAAGAAGGACAGGGUCACCCACUGCCUGACAAUAUGUGAAAACAUUGUGGCUCAGUCUCUGAGUCCUGGGAGCAGAACGUCUCCAGAGUUUCAGAAACUGCUUGGCAUCGCCAUGGAAAUGUUCCUGCUCUGCAGUGAUGACAGCGAAUCAGAUGUCCGUAUGGUAGCCGAUGAGUGCCUGAACAAAAUCAUCAAAGCGCUGAUGGACUCCAACCUGCCUAGACUGCAGCUGGAGCUGUACAAAGAAAUUAAAAAGAACGGUGCCUCUCGGAGUCUGAGGGCAGCUUUGUGGCGGUUUGCUGAGCUUGCCCACCUCAUCAGACCACAGAAAUGCAGACCAUACCUGGUCAACUUGUUGCCAUGCCUCGCCAGAAUCACCAAGCGGCAGGAGGAGACAGUACAGGAGACGCUGGCUGCUGCAAUGCCCAAGAUCAUGGCUGCCUUGGGACACUUCGCAAAUGAUGGCGAGAUCAAGGUGCUGCUGAAGUCUUUUGUGGCCAACCUGAAGUCCAGCUCCCCCACCAUCAGACGGACAGCAGCCAGCUCAGCCGUCAGUGUGUGCCAACACUCCAGACGCACCAGCUACUUCUACACCUGGCUCCUUAAUGUGCUGCUGGGUCUGCUGGUUCCAGUGGAUGAGGAACACCCUAGCCACCUAAUUCUGGGGGUGCUGUUAACUCUUCGCUACCUGAUGCCUCUGCUGCAGCAGCAAGUCAACACCACCAGCCUCAAAGGAAGCUUUGGAGUCAUGAGGAAGGAAGCUGAUGUACAGCCAACACCUGGACAACUGCUGCAGGUGUACGAGCUGACCCUACACUACACACAGCACUGGGAUCACAAUGUGGUCACAGCGGCUCUGGAGCUCCUGCAGCAGAUGUUCAGGACUCCCCCGCCAGAGCUUCUGCACAUGCUCAUCACUGCUGGCAGCAUUUCACACGGCACUGUGUUUCGCCAGGACACUGAGAGCCGUGCACGCUCCGGCAGCAUCCUCGAGCUUAUUGCGGGGGGAGGGUCUUCCUGCAGUCCACUCCUUCUCAGGAAACAGAGAGGUAAAAUGCUUUCUGGGGAGGAAGAUGGGUUGGAGGAUGACGCUGAGAGAACAGAGGUCACCACUGGUGCCUUCACAGCGUCAGUCGUUGGUGCAGAGGGCUCCUCCACAGCCCAGGUGGACAUCAUCACCGAGCAGCCACGCUCCUCCCAGCAUACUCUGCAGCCUGGCGACUCCGUGGACCUCAGUGCCUCCUCAGAGCAGGGUGGCGGGGAAGGUGGAACAUCUGCAUCAGACACUCCCGAGUCACCCAACGACAACGAGGAGGAAAUGCUGAGUCGUAGCUCCAGCGGCGGGGCCAAUAUUACUCCAGAGACGGCAGACUACACCACACCAGAGAACACCAUGCCGGAGGGAGGGCCCUUAGGAGAAGGCGGGACUCUGCUAGGCACUAAUGAUCGCUCGCUUCCACCCAGCGACUCCUCCCAGACCACCACAGAGGGACCAGACUCAGCUGUCACCCCUUCGGAUGUAGCAGAACUGGUGCUGGAUGGCAGUGAGAGCCAGUACUCUGGGAUGCAGAUUGGAACCCUACAGGAUGAAGAAGAUGAAGGAGCAGCACCUGCCACCCAAGAAGAACCCCCAGAGCCAUUCCUGCAGUCAGCACUGGCUCUGAGCAAGCCUCAUCUUUUCGAAGGCCGAGGUCACAACCGGCAGGGUUCAGACAGCAGUGUGGACCGCUUCAUACCAAAGGACGAACCUGCUGAACCCGAACCUGACAACAAGCCAUCACGGAUAAAGGGUCCAAUUGGACAUUAUACAGACCAGGGGGUGGAGCCACUGGUGCACUGUGUAAGGCUUCUUGCUGCUUCCUUCCUGCUGACAGGACAAAAGAAUGGUCUGACCCCUGACAAGGAGGUGCGAGUGAGCGUCAAGGCUCUGGCCGUCAGUUGUGUUGGGGCAGCAGCAGCACUGCAUCCUGAAGCCUUCUUUAAUUCCCUCUACCUGGAGCCGCUGGACGGCAUUCCAGUAGAAGAGCAGCAGUAUAUCAGUGACAUGCUAGGCCUCAUUGACCAUGGGGACCCCCAGAUCAGGGGGGCCACAGCCAUCCUCUGUGCAGCCAUCAUACAAGCAGCACUCACCAAAACACGUUACAACAUACACACCUGGCUGGCCAGUGUGCAGAGUGCAACAGGUAACCCUCUGUCUCUGGUGGACUUGGUGCCUUUGCUCCGAAAAACUCUGAAAGAUGAAUCCUCCGUUACCUGCAAGCUGGCUUGCUCUGCUGUGAGGCACUGCAUCAUGACUGUGUGCAGCAGUACCCUGAGUGAACUCGGCCUGCAGUUGGUGAUAGACCUGCUUGCUCUGAGGGACUCAUCCUAUUGGCUUGUUCGUACUGAGCUCUUGGAGACCCUGGCUGAGAUGGACUUCCGGUUAGUUAAUUUCCUGGAGAGGAAAACGGAGACUUUACACAAAGGGGAUCAUCACUACACUGGGCGGCUGCGGCUGCAGGAAAGAGUCCUGAAUGAUGUAGUCAUCCGUCUGUUGGGAGAUGACGACCCCAGAGUCCGGCACGUGGCAGCCUCUGCUGUCAGCAGGCUGGUUCCCAGGUUGUUCUAUGACUGUGACCAGGGUCAAGUGGACCCAGUAGUGGCUAUUGCCCGGGACCAGUGUUCAGUCUACCUGCAGCUGCUGAUGCAUGAGACACAACCCCCCUCCCAGUUCACAGUUAGCACAAUCACAAGGACGUACAGAGGCUUCAACUUGUCCAACACUGUGUCUGAUGUCACAUUGGAGAACAAUCUGUCCAGAGUCGUUACUGCUGUCUCCCAUGCUUUCACCUCUUCUACCUCCAGAGCCCUAACUUUUGGCUGCUGUGAGGCCUUGUGCUUCCUGGCUUUAAGUUUUCCAGUAUGCACUUGGAGCACAGGCUGGCACUGCGGCUAUGUUAGCUCCAGUAGCAGCUUUUCUUCCCGCUCUAGUCUCAACCGCAGCAGGGGCAGGGCCCUUAGUUUGUCACAGCCCAGCGGUGCUCCAGCCUCUUCAACCACUUCCUCAUCUGCACCCGACACUGAGCGGAGGACUCUGACGGUGGGAAUGGCCAACAUGGUCCUCUCCUUACUCUCCUCUGCCUGGUUUCCACUUGAUCUCUCUGCACACCAGGAUGCACUUUUGCUUUCUGGCAAUCUGCUUGCUGCUGUGGCUCCUAAAUGCAUGCACAACCCCUUGGCUGGAGAGGAAGAAGGCAGCAAUGGUAGCACGAACACCAGUGGCCCAAAUAAGAUGGAGGAACCUUGGGCAGGGCUGUCGGAGCGCUACCUGGUAGCCAUGGUGGAGCAGCUCUUCUCCCACCUACUGAAGGUCCUGAACAUCUGUGCCCAUGUGCUGGAUGACACACCACCUGGACCAGCAGUUAAGGCAACCCUCCCCUCCCUGAGCAACACCCCUUCCCUCAGUCCCAUCCGCAGAAAAGGCAAGGAGAAGGAGGCUGCCGAGCCCAGUGCUGCCCCUAUGAGCCCAAAGAAAAGCAAUGAGGUCAACACAGGCAGGCCAGCAGACAGCACGGGGUCAACGGCCAUAAACAAAUCUACCACCCUUGGCAACUUCUACCACCUGCCACCCUACCUCAAACUCUAUGAUGUCCUCAAAGCUACACAUGCCAACUACAAGGUGACACUGGACCUCCACAGUAGCCAGGAGAAGUUUGGAGGUUUCCUGCGUGCCACACUAGAUGUUCUGUCUCAGCUAUUGGAGCUGGCCACACUACAUGACAUCAGCAAGUGUGUGGAGGAAAUCUUGGGCUACCUCAAGUCCUGCUUCUCCAGAGAACCAACCAUGGCUACUGUUUGUGUACAACAGCUGUUGAAGACCCUGUUUGGCACCAACCUGGCCUCCCAGUACGAGGGCGUUCUGAGUGGACCCAGCCGUUCCCAGGGCAAGGCUCUCCGCCUUGGCUCGUCCAGCCUGCGACCAGGUCUCUACCAUUACUGCUUCAUGGCGCCGUACACUCACUUCACUCAGGCUCUUGCCGAUGCUAGUCUCCGUAACAUGGUGCAGGCUGAACAGGAGCAGGACACUUCUGGAUGGUUUGAUGUAAUGCAAAAAGCUUCGAACCAGCUGAGGUCCAACAUUGCAAAUGCAACACGCCACAGAGGAGACAAGAAUGCCAUCCACAACCACAUUCGUCUGUUUGAGCCACUGGUGAUCAAAGCUUUGAAGCAGUACACUACCAGCACUUCUGUGGCCCUGCAGAGACAAGUACUGGACCUGCUCGCCCAACUUGUGCAACUCAGAGUCAACUACUGCCUGCUGGACUCAGAUCAGGUGUUCAUAGGCUUUGUCCUGAAGCAGUUUGAGUACAUUGAAGUGGGACAGUUCAGAGAUUCGGAGGCCAUCAUUCCCAACAUCUUUUUCUUCCUGGUGCUGCUGUCUUAUGAGCGUUACCACUCCAAGCAGAUAAUCAGCAUCCCCAAGAUCAUCCAGCUGUGUGAUGGCAUCAUGGCGAGCGGCAGGAAAGCUGUGACACACGCCAUCCCAGCCCUGCAGCCAAUAGUCCACGACCUGUUUGUGUUGAGGGGCUCAAACAAAGCAGAUGCAGGCAAAGAGCUGGAUACACAGAAAGAAGUGGUGGUCUCCAUGCUGCUCAGACUUGUGCAAUACCAUCAGGUGUUGGAGAUGUUUAUCCUUGUACUGCAGCAGUGUCACAAAGAGAAUGAGGACAAGUGGAAGAGAUUGUCCAGACAGAUUGCUGACAUCAUACUUCCCAUGAUUGCUAAACAGCAGAUGCACCUGGACUCUCCGGAGGCAUUGGGAGUGUUGAACACUCUAUUUGAGACUGUGGCGCCCUCCUCUCUCAGACCUGUAGACAUGCUGCUCAAGAGUAUGUUCACCACCCCGGCCACCAUGGCAUCAGUAGCGACAGUCCAGCUGUGGGUGUCUGGUAUCCUGGCGGUGCUCAGGGUACUCGUCUCCCAGUCCACAGAGGACAUUGUCCUGUCCCGGGUCCAUGAACUCUCCCUCUCCCCGCAUCUCCUCUCCUGCCAUGCAAUCCGCCGCCUCCAUCAGCAGAGCCCCUCCCCAAAUGACACACUCGGUAACCAGGAACCUAAUGGUGAGGCACAAAAAGCCCUACCUGAGGAAACCUUUGCCAGGUUCCUGCUCCAGCUGGUAGGAGUGUUGCUGGAUGACAUUUCCUCCAGACAGGUUAAAGUGGACAUUACAGAGCAGCAACACACCUUCUACUGCCAGCAGCUGGGCACGCUGCUCAUGUGUCUCAUACAUGUCUUCAAAAGUGGAAUGUUUCGCAGGAUCACAGCUGCAGCUAGUCGUCUCCUGAAGGGUGAGAGUGGAGGUGGACUGCCUAGCACCGAGGCCGACCUGUUCUACCCCUUAGAGGGUCUGAACAGCAUGGUGCAGUGCCUGAUCACCACCCACCCCUCCCUGGUGCUGCUGUGGUGCCAGGUCCUUCUCAUCAUCAACUACACCAAUUACUCCUGGUGGGCUGAGGUGCACCAAACACCCAAGAGGCAAAGCCUCUCAUGCACAAAGCUGCUGAGCCCUCACUCCUCAGGGGAAGGAGAAGAGGACAAGCCUGAGACUCAGUUAGCCAUGGUCAACAGAGAGAUUGUACGCAGGGGAGCCCUCAUCCUAUUCUGUGACUAUGUGUGUCAGAACCUCCAUGACUCAGAGCAUCUGACCUGGCUGAUUGUCAACCACGUGCGUGACCUCAUCAACCUUUCCCAUGAGCCUCCAGUGCAGGAUUUCAUCAGCGCUGUGCACCGUAACUCCGCUGCCAGCGGUCUCUUCAUCCAGGCCAUCCAGUCGCGAUGUGACAACCUCACUACUCCUACCAUGUUGAAGAAGACUCUGCAGUGUUUGGAAGGCAUCCACCUGAGUCAGUCUGGCUCCCUGCUGAUGCUGUAUGUGGACAAGCUGCUCAGUACACCCUUCAGGGUUCUUGCUCGCAUGGUGGACACACUGGCGUGUCGCAGAGUGGAGAUGCUGCUGGCUGAGACACUACAGAACAGUAUAGCUCAGCUGCCUGUGGAGGAACUGGACAGGAUCCAGGAAUACCUCCAGACCAGUGGCCUGGCUCAGAGGCAUCAGAGGUUCUACUCCCUGCUGGACAGGUUCAGAGCCACUGUUGCUGACACCAGCAGCCCAACACCUCCUGUGACAUCACACCCCUUGGAUGGGGAUCCAGCUCCUGCCCCUGAACUGGUCAUUGCAGAUAAGGAGUGGUACGUGGCUCUGGUGAAGUCUCAGUGUUGUCUUCGUGGAGAUGUUUCCCUGCUGGAGACAACAGAACUCCUUACCAAACUACCUCCCGCUGACCUCUUUAACAUCAUGAGCUGCAAGGAGUUCAACCUAAGUCUGCUGUGUCCGUGCCUGAGUAUGGGGGUGCAGCGGUUAGCACGGGGUCAGGGGUCGCUUUUGUUGGAGACGUCCUUGCAGGUGACCCUAGAGCAGCUCGCAGGGGUCACCGGGUCACUUCCUGUCCCACACCAGUCCUUCCUGCCACCCUCCCAGCCACAGCCCUACUGGGGUCAACUAGCUGAUGUGUAUGAUGAGCCAGGUUUCUACCCCAGAGUUUUGUCGCUCUGCAGAGCUCUGUCCCAGUACCUGCUGAGUGUGAGCCAGCUGCCUUCCUCACUACAUAUCCCCUCUGACAAGGAACAGCUCAUCACCACUUUCACCUGCACUGCUGCUGAGGUGGUAGUGUGGCGUCUCCUCCAGGACCACUUGCCCCUGAGUGUGGACCUGCAGUGGGCUCUGUCCUGCCUGUGUCUGGCCCUGCAGCAGCCCUGCGUCUGGAACAAACUCUCCACCCCAGAGUACACCACACAGACCUGCUCCCUUAUCUACUGCCUACGCCUCAUCAUUGUUGCAGUGGCGGUGAGUCCUGGCGACCAGCUUCUGCAUCCAGAGAAGAAAAAGACGAAGGCAGAGAGAGACGCUGAAGGAGACCAAGUGGACUCGGCACAUGCUGACCACAUGUGCGAGUGGCAAGCAUGUGAGAUCAUGGCGGAGCUGGUGGAAGGCCUGCAGAGCGUCCUUGCCCUGGGUCACCACAGAAACAGUGCAUUCCCCGCUUUCCUCACACCAACCUUGCGCAACAUUGUCAUCAGUCUGUCCCGACUGCCUCUGGUCAACAGCUACACCCGAGUACCUCCGCUGGUUUGGAAACUGGGCUGGUCCCCUCAGCCAGGAGGAGAGUACGGCACAACGCUGCCUGAGAUCCCUGUGGACUUCCUGCAGGAAAAGGAUGUCUUCAGAGAGUUCCUCUACCGAAUCAACACACUGGGCUGGAGCAGUAGGACUCAGUUUGAGGAGACCUGGGCCACUCUGCUGGGGGUGCUGGUCACCCAACCCAUCGCUAUGGACCAUGAGGAGGAGACACAGCAGGAGGAGGACUUGGAGCGUACCCAGUUGAAUGUGUUAGCAGUGCAGGCCAUCACCAGCCUGGUGCUGAGUGCCAUGACCCUGCCCACUGCUGGCAACCCUGCAGUCAGCUGUCUGGAACAGCAGCCCCGCAACAAGAGCCUCAAAGCCCUGGAAACACGAUUUGGAAGGAAACUUGCAGUGAUCAGGGGUGAGGUGGAGAGAGAGAUUCAGGCUCUUGUGUCGAAGAGAGACAAUGUCCAUACACACCACCCGUACCAUGCCUGGGACCCUGUACCCUCGCUGUCAGCAGCCUCAGCUGCAGGCACACUGAUCAGCCAUGAGAAGCUGCUGCUUCAAAUCAACACAGAGAGGGAGAUGGGCAACAUGGACUACAAACUGGGACAGGUCUCCAUCCACUCAGUGUGGCUAGGUAACAACAUCACCCCACUGAGAGAGGAAGAAUGGGGUGAGGAUGAAGAAGAUGAAGCAGACACUCCAGCCCCCACCUCCCCACCCUUAUCUCCUAUCAACUCCAGGAAGCAUCGUGCAGGUGUGGACAUUCAUUCAUGUUCCCAGUUUCUCCUGGAGCUCUACAGCCAGUGGCUGAUCCCUGGCUCCCCAAGUAACAGGAGGACCCCGACAAUUCUCAUCAGUGAAGUGGUCCGAUCGCUGCUGGCGGUGUCGGACCUGUUCACAGAGAGGAACCAGUUUGACAUGAUGUUCUCGACUCUGAUGGAACUGCAGAAGCUCCACCCGCCAGAGGAUGAGAUCCUCAAUCAAUACCUGGUGCCUGCCAUCUGCAAGGCUGCUGCUGUACUGGGCAUGGACAAAGCAAUAGCGGAGCCUGUGUGUCGCCUGUUGGAGACGACCCUGCGCAGCACCCACCUGCCCAGCCGCAUGGGGGCUCUGCAUGGAGUGCUGUAUGUGUUGGAGUGUGACCUGCUGGAUGACACGGCCAAACAGCUCAUCCCCACUGUCUCUGAGUACCUGCUGUCCAACCUCAGGGCUAUCGCUCACUGUGUGAACCUGCAUAACCAGCAGCAUGUGUUGGUAAUGUGCGCAGUGGCCUUCUACAUGAUGGAGAACUACCCUCUGGAUGUAGGAGCUGAGUUUAUGGCUGGAGUUAUACAGUUGUGUGGUGUGAUGGUGUCGGCCAACGAGGACUCCACUCCCUCCGUCAUCUAUCACUGUGUGCUGCGUGGUCUGGAGCGCCUCCUGCUGUCAGAGCAGUUGUCACGCGUGGACGGAGAAGCGCUGGUGAAACUCAGCGUGGACCGAGUCAACAUGCCGUCGCCACACAGAGCCAUGGCUGCCCUGGGCCUCAUGCUCACCUGCAUGUACACUGCGGUGCUUGCGUCGGGUUCAGACGUGACAGGGGUUAGAGGUCAGGUUGACUCUGGCUCUGCCGUAGCAGAGGCGGUGGGCGUCACGGCGGGUCAUGUUGGUUUCUCCUCAGGCAAGGAGAAAGCCAGCCCUGCCAGUCGCCCCGCCCAUUCUGACCCUCAGGCCCCAGACAGCGAGUCGAUCAUAGUUGCCAUGGAGAGGGUCUCUGUGCUCUUCGACAGGAUCCGGAAAGGUUUACCUAGCGAGGCUCGGGUGGUGUCCAGGAUUCUGCCCCAGUUUCUGGACGACUUCUUCCCGCCACAGGACAUCAUGAACAAGGUUAUCGGAGAGUUCCUGUCCAAUCAGCAACCUUACCCACAAUUCAUGGCCACUGUCGUCUACAAGGUUUUCCAGACACUCCAUGCCACAGGCCAGUCUUCUAUGGUGCGAGACUGGGUGCUGCUGUCCUUAUCCAACUUCACUCAGAGGACACCGGUGGCCAUGGCCAUGUGGAGCCUCUCCUGUUUCUUUGUCUCUGCUUCCACCUCCCAGUGGAUCUCAGCCCUACUGCCACACGUGAUCAGCAGAAUGGGCUCCAGUGAGGUGGUGGACGUCAACCUGUUCUGCCUGGUGGCCGUGGAUUUCUACCGGCACCAGAUUGAUGAGGAGCUGGACCGCAGGGCUUUCCAGUCUGUCUUUGAGACUGUGGCCUCGCCAGGCAGUCCUUAUUACCAGCUGCUGGGCUGUCUGCAGUCAAUCCACCAGGAUACAUCACUCUGAGGGCAACGGGCUGAGAUGGACAUGAAGGCACAGAGAGAGGCCGGGGGGAACCAAGCAUGGGGGGGAAAAGUGGAUUAGAGUGAGAAAUGUGGUAGGGCGAGAAAUUAGAUCUCCAUGUACCCUUCCCUCUUGAGUUGUGAUGGAGGGGAAGAACAGAAUGUUUCAUUAGAAAAAUCUACUAUAGCCUCAUUCCUUUCCCUCCUUUACACUGAUCUGAAAUGAGUAGAACUACUGAAGUCACCAUGAUGAAUUCAGCAGAGUGAGCUUAAAGAAAACCAAGGGGAGAUUAAGUUUUAUGGUGUAUGUUAAAGGAAGCAUGCACCUAUAAUGAAGGACACUGGCUGCAAAAUCUUCAAACUGUGGUUCUGCCCCCCCCCCAGGCCAUUCCCUAAGAUGAAUGACAGCACCUUCAACACUUCCUCCUACCCAGCACCUUGAUUAAAAACAUAAAAAUAACAUUAAUCAAACACAAAAUUGGAUUUGUUUAUUUUCCUGUGAGGACUUGCUUGAGUAUUGUGAUGUCAGUAAAGUAAAAUAGAAGAGAAAAAAAAAUAGAAAAUGCAAAGUAUUUACUAUAUUUUAAGUUUCAAGUGCAUCUAUUUUUCUGUGCGUUUUGUUAAAGAGUGCUUAAGGUCUGGUUAGGACACUGACAAUAGGCUGACACAAAAGGGUCAGAAAUGCCUGCUCAAUGUUGUCAAUAACUAGUGUCUGUGAAGACAUUUUUAUAUUUAUGUUACUUGUGGUCAUUCUCUGACACACUAAGUUAAAUAGUAAAUAUUUUAUGUGUAAGAAUGAUCACUAAUAGCCAUAGUAUUUUUUUUUUCUUUUCUUCAAUGACGAUGAGAAGCAGAGGAUGGGUGUUGUAAUUGCAUUUCUCACUGCAGAAAGGGCAACUUGUUUGCACCCAUUUCAGCAAGUUGCUACAAUUUCUGUAUCUGUGCUGUGGCCUGUUCUGGCUGUUGUGUUGAGUGGGCAAAGAACUAGACAGCUAUAUACUGGGAAGUAUAAAAAAAAAUCUCAUUUUCUUCUGCGUUUUCAGAAUUAUACAUUACACAUUUUAAGUGUGCAAGGGCCCAUAUACAAACACUUACGACGGUGGAAACUGUCAAGCAAGUAAAAUACCAAAAUUGCAGUAAUGUUGUCUUUUCUUUUUUUAAUCAAUAGCAGGGGGGGAAAGCAUUUCCUCUUACGAUUUUAUGAUAUUGCUUAUAUCUGUCAAGUCCUUUUUUUUUUGUUGUUUUGUUUUUAAAUUGCAUUCAAGUCUUGUAAGCUCCCCAGUGCACCCGAAUGAUUCCACCUGUCCAGUUCUUGUACUUUUUUAAUUCUCAGGAUGUAAGAUGUGACUAUUAUUGUUGUUGUAAUAAGACUGGAAAUAAUUUACAGUCAUCUUUAAAUGGAGUUACCUUCGUAUCUUGUAAAAAGUAAUUGUAAAGUAGUAUGAAAGCCAUGGUGCAUGAUAAAAUAAGAACUGUAAAGGUGAGACAUCUUAAAAUAGACAGUAAGAUAAUGUGAUGUCAUUUUCUUUUCUGUCUGUCUUAACACACAGACACACAUGAUCAGAAAAUGAAAAAUCAGUGAAUCAGCAGACCGCAGAAAGCUACUAGCUUAUAGUAUUUUAUUGGAGACUCGACCUUGAGUUGCCUGGGAGUGUGCUGGGCGGCGUUAUACACUUGCCUUAGAUAAAGACUGAAUAUAUGUAUGUCAUGUACACUGAAAGCUUGAAAGCAUGCUAAGCAUUACUGCUAUUUUCUUGCAUAGUCCUUAAUACUGUAUUUCCAUGGGUACGGUUGCCAUGACACUUGUGUGGAAGAAAUGCAACACAAUCCAAAGGGAACCUUGUAACCUUAGCGACCAACAGCAGCUUUGACAAAUCAACAGAUCAGGAAGUGUAGCGUAGUGACGCCACGCGACAGCGAGAGUUUUCUGUUUUUGUUGAGCUUUAAAUAUUGUUUUGUCUCUGUUAAAAUUGGUAAAUAUUUCAUCAUUCAUUGUCUUUUGUGCAGAAUAUUAAAUACACCUAGCACUUAAAAACUUGAAGUUCUUCUCAUGUUGUUGUUAGGUGCUUUCUUGAUAUGCAAUGAGUCCUACAGUACAUGAAAGUAAAAACAUCAGUGAUUUAAAUGCUAAGUAUGCUACUGCUUUCCAACCUUAAAAACAAUGUGACUGGCUUCCUUUUGAUCAUGUUAAAAUAAUGUAUUCAUACAAUAAAUGACUCAGUCCUCUGCA